AAUACAUAUCAACAAAUAACCACAAAAUGUAAACAAUGUAUUGUGGGAUGUGUUAGAUGGUCUUUUAAGCAUUAGUUCUUUUUAUUAAUCGAUCAUUCCUUAUGAGGUACAUAAAUCAAAUUAUUUUAUAUUCUUUUUUCUCCAACUCGAUAAGCAGAAAACCGCAAAUUUCAGAAAUACAUCUGAUGACCAUAAGACCAGUGCUAACAACAGAAAAUAACCCGAAGCGCAAAGAGGAACAUUGACGACACACAGGAAAAUGAUUGACACAUAAUGCAUUACGAAUCGGCUGUUAAAGUGCGCAUACCCGUUGGCUAUUGUCGCCCCGCCAGAUAGCUAACUAUCGAUAACUAAAACACGCGCAAGACUAGUGGAUUACGACACCCCAGCAAACAAAGAAAGAAAAUGGAUUUUCAUUAGACUUUUGCUGAAGAUAUUUUAGGCGAUAAAAUAAGCAAACGAUUGUGCAAUAACAAGUUGAAAUGAGUUCUGUCGAAAAUGGGCAAAGCUAAAGAUGGAAAAUGAUUUGCGACCCAUCUAUCAAUUCUGAAUUAUCUCUAAUGCUUAUAACAGUUCAAAUAGGCUUUGGAAUCAGUAGUUUUGACGUUGCCCGCCAAAACUUUGCGCAAGAUACCCAAACUUUCCUCUUAAAAACAGAAACUGCAACAGGAAAAUGAAAAGUUCUUCAAAAAUUAGGGUGUAAUGAGGAAUAGUGCUAAGCUAUGAAAUAGUGUCCGUUAACGUCAAGAGAGUGCGACGUCUCUGCAUCUUUGGUGAUUCAAAACAACGCUAGGAAUGCUGCAGCGGAUGCCUCGAUGUGUUGCCAUAAACUCGACAUUAACCGUUCAAGAUAACAAAGCAAUUAAGUUCAUCGCCUCCCACGAAAAAAAUAUCUCAGUCGCCGGAAAACCUGAACAAGCCAAGUCGACAGCAGCUUUCAAAAUCAGGCUCCUGCUGACGAGUUGUCAGGGUCUAACGAAUUGGUAUAAUUAGCUUACUUAAAAAGAGAAUACGCAUUUGGUAAGCAGCUCCUCCUUUAGCAAAAACAGGAACAAACAAUUGCAGGAUUCUGGAGGCGAGAGAUUUGUGCACAGCUUGGCUCGGUAAGUUGCGGUGUGCGGUCUCCAGGACUCCGUUGGUCUUUUUUCAAUUCUAAGAUUGUUGUCGAUAAAAACACUUAGCUCGGUUUGUUUUCUUGAACAUUUGGUAACGUCUGGAAGAGAACUUGAGCCAUAGCAACUUUAUUUUCAAGCGCGGCAAAGCCAAUCAGCAGAAGAAGAAAAAGAGGACGUUAAGACGAAAACUGCGUCUGAAAGGGAGUGUCAAGAAAAGGCAACGGCAGAGACACAAAGAAACGAUCUAAAGUUGAAAUGGAAAGUUCUAAAUGAAGAGAGCAAUUAGAUGUUACUUUGCAAACGCUAAACAAUCCUUACGAUCAAGCCUACACCUUCAAUUCGAAAUACAUAUUGAUGAAUUUCGCGCCAGCCAUAAUGAACAAUUCCACUGCAGACAUCGCUUCAGGAUCAGCAAGCACUGCCUUACGAGCCAUGCGCCUUACGCUCUACCCUCUGACGUUUGUGGUCGGUUUAGUAGGAAAUGUGUUAGUGUGUGUGCUUGUCUUCACGUGGCGAAAGACUAAGAACUUUAAUAAUUCUCGCUAUUUCAUCCUUAAUCUGAGUAUCUCGGAUCUGCUGGUGUUGAUAAUGUUCAUACCGUUUGACUUGGCUUAUUUGGAGAACGACAUGGUCUGGAAGUACGGUCUAUUCAUGUGCAAGUUUAUAAACACGUUAUCGUUUUUGUCUGUUAUCGUGUCUGGGACAACACUAGCGGCGAUCAGUGUGGACCGCUAUCGCGCAGUCGUCCACCCGCUAAGCCCCCCCUUUACGUUCAGAACCGUCUCUUUGAUCAUCCUGGUUAUCUGGGUUUACUCUGUAUCAACACUACUGCCCUUCGCCGAAUCCCUCACCAUCCUCCCGAGGGGGUCAUGCCAGAAUGAUUACGCCUGGUGGCCUAACUACACCACUGUACAAUUGACGUUUGUCCUCUGCGCGUUCACCCCCGGAUUCGUAAUCCCAAUAACGUGUAUUGUCGUGUUCUACUUGUUGAUAGCGCGGCAUUUAAGGAAAGAACGUGAAAAUCAUGACCUCCUGCUGCGAGGCGACAUCGCGAGACUACGAGUGAGACAAAACAGUAAAAUGAUCAGAAUCCUUAGCUGCCUCACGGUGGCGUUCACAAUCUGCAUUCUUCCCAGUUAUACCAUCAUUCUUAUGGUUAUGUUCUACAAGGGGACAAGCUCUUUGCCGUACAUAGACGAAGUGCAUGAGUUUACGCGCUUGCUUAUGACGGCUAACAGUUGCUUGAACCCUGUUUUGUACAGUGUUGUAAGUCGUGAGUUCCGCGCUGAGCUGAGAGGGCUCUUGAAACGGAGGAGGGUAAAACGGGCGCGAACUACGUUUAGUACAACCAAAAACACAAGCUUCAUGGUGUCGAAAAAUGAGACACCAUGCUAAGUAGUUAGCCGUAUACAUGCAACAUUAAGGGUUUUUAAACGUAUAGAGAACAGAGUAUAGAGGGGAGCCUCAUCGUUUUUAAAAUACCGUAAUUGCUUGAACAACCUCACCCGCCCCCAGUGAAAGCCUUGCUUACUAGGAGAAUAAGAACCUGCCCUGAAUAAAAAACACCUCGCCCAAAUGGAACUAUCAAAAGAGAAGGAAUACGCGUAAACACCUCCUUUGAAUAAGCGCCUCGUCUUAGAGGAAAAUAUAAAUCAGCGCCUCCCCUGAACCCCGUACAGUUCUUUCAAAAGCCCGGGGCGUUUAUUAAAUUUCGAUGGCCCAAGGGGGAGGGUCGUUUAAUAGAUAGAAGGCGAUUAUUAGAGAGUUCUUUCCAAACUACAACAAUAUAACAAACCCAAGUGCAGUGGGGUUCAAAUCUCAGUCAGGAUCAAGUUUAAUUAUAGGCAGCGUGACAAAUGUUUCUUUAAAUUGAGCAAGUCUCACCAAGUAGAAGAUUAAUGAAAUUUGAUUUAUGUUACCGAAA